AGGGAUCAACAACUCUAUCACCAAAUACAGAACUGUCCAUUGACUGUGAAUAUUCAUUCUAUAAAAACUGAUCAAACAUGGAAUUUCGUGAGCAACAGAGAUUUUAUCGUACAAACAGUCAAUACAGGCAUCGUAAUAUACAAAGUGUCCAGCAGAUGCAUUCUCAUCUAAUGCGUCAAAAUGACUAUUUGUGGUGCCAAAUGCAACAAAAUCAAUGCAGAGUUCCUCAAAUGCACCAAAAUCAACAAUAUGUUUAUCAAAAUCAAUGGCAGAAUCCUCAACUGCAGAAAAAUCACCGAACAAUGUUUGAGAAACAUGUAAAACAACAAAGGACAUCCCAACAAAUGUAUUAUCAGCAGCCAGGAAGAAUUCAUCUGCAUCAGAAUGAGUCUCGUAAUCAAUCAUGUUCGGGACUGCCUCGCAAGGAAAGACAAACAGUAUCUGGUAGUAUGAAACAUUUUAAGCAUAGUACAUUAGAUGGAGAUUAUUGCAUGUCAAGGGAGAGUAAUAGGUAUCAGAGAGGUGAACAUCAUGGUAUAUCAUCAGAAACCCCAAGGUAUCACUCAUAUUCUAAGUCAAUGAAAAGGUCAAUUGCUCCGUCACAAAAUAAUUUUAGUGUUACCGUUAGCAAUAGAGAGUCUGAAAAAACCAACAUUGGUGAUAGUUCACUGGUAAAUGAUAAAUAUCCAGAUGCUGGAGAUACAAAUAUUGGUGUAAGUUCACUGGUAAAUGAUGAACA